AUGAUACCUUCUAUGUUUGGGACCAAGAAGGUGGAAAGAAACUCGCCAGUCUUCACUGAAGACGAUAUUCGGAAAUUGAUUUUGUCAUUUCCUCCUCCGGAACCACGACCUGGAAAGGAAAGUCUGGUUCGCAGUCCCUCAGGCCGCAAUCUCAUACGCUCUGAUGCAGUCAUUAAGCGAUUCCAUUCUCUUCUUCAGACUGCUUCUGGUCCCAUCUUCUUGAACAGUCUACAUAAUGAAUUGGGAGUUCAUGAUGUUCAAUGGCUGUUAACCCAAGAAGAUGAACGCAUCCACUAUAGUACAGACCGUCGACGACUCUUACCAGAGAGUACCCAAAAAGCCAUAUGUCAAAGCGUGCAAAACGAUCUAGCUGUGCGUGGCGUAUAUCUGGACAAGACUGCUGCUGAAAAGGAUGUCACCACUGCCACACUUCGACGCAUGCUCGUUGCUCAAGAUGUUACCCUUCAAGACCUCGAUAACGGAAAGACCUACGACACAAAGUUUCUCAAAAAGCUCGAAACGAGUAUCGAAAAGAUUGUUCAGGGCACUCAAGGAUCGGUCGUGCUUAGCGAUACUUUCCCUUCGGUUCCUAUUUCCUGGCUGGAGGCGACUGCCAAAGACCUGAUCUCCAAAAAGGAGAGCGGUGCUCAGGAUGUCGUCGAAAUGAGAUCUGGGUUCCUGGUUUUCACGCCAAGAUCUGUCAUCGAACAACGCGAAAACGAAUCCAAGCAAGCCCGGGAGGCAUAUAUUCAGAGAGCAGUGGAAGGGCUAGAUGAAAGUGGUUCUUGUGAAGUGACUGCAAGCUCUAGACCGCAGGUCCUGCGCAACGCUGAAGAUGGCAAUCUCAAACAAGAAAUUCGAGAAGCCUUUGCUCAGAAAAACUCCAACUCGAAUGUUGUUGAAGUGAGCACAUCAAGCUCCUCAUUCCUCAUCACACAAGAUACCCUUACCGCAAGACUGUCCCUUCUCGCUGCCAAAGCCCAAGAUGCAGCUUCCGAACAAUGGUCCUCCAGACGUCCAGGAGAAGACGUACUCUUCGAUCCCACAAAACUCUCUCACACCACAACACCUCUAGAUCUAGCAAUCCUCCACUCCGGCGAUGCAGAAAACAAGACCAAAGCAAGCUUCGACGCAAAAAUCGUUUCACUCCAAGACUCAACAAUGCAAACUUUUACAACAAUCAUUCAAAACGAACUUCUCGCACCUCUAAAACUAUACACCCAAGGCGCAGAAACAAUCACAGAUACCACACUUCAACCACGCGUUCAAGAAUUUAUCUACGAUUGGGUACGCAAAGACCUGGCGCCAGAGACUCUACGCAACAUCAAAGACAAAAAUCUCAUAACCACAAAAGCCCUCUCCCGCGACAUUGACAAAUUCUCGGAUGCCGUUAACACAGCAAAAACCUUGGACGACAUUUCAACAGCAACCUCCAAACUCAUCCGCAAGCAAAAAAUCGAGCCACCCUCUGCUGUCACACUCCAAACCCUCAAACAAGAAAUCUUGACGCAGAAAUUGGCAGGAAUGAGGAAAAUGAAACGCAGUUCUGAUCUCUUGCAGAAUGUGAUUUGGAUCUUGUUGGCGAGGCAGAGGGAAGGACUGUUCGUGAGUUCGGGAAAGGAUACGAGUAGGAUGAUUAAAAUGGUCAAGGAGAGUGACAUAGAAGCUGGUGUAAAGAUGGAGGAGUGGAGGGAUUUGGUCAAGCAGGGCAAAGAUACCGAUGAUUCGAAGAAGGAGAUGAGGGAUGUGGCUGCCAAUGCGGUUGAGGAGUUGAAGACUGUUACACCUCAAGGUGACAAUGCUGCGGUUGAGCAAGGCACUGGAGAAGAUACCGCGACUUGA